AUGGCCACAACUAUUUCUUCACAGAAACCCCAGGAAGAAGAGGAUGAAAUGUUGAUGAAGAACCAAGAAAUUACAGAAGCCAUUCAUUCUGACCAUGAUUAUGUCCAACGUUCACCUUUAUCUAGUGACAGCAGUGGGUCUUUGGUAUCAUCCUCUUCACCUGUGCCACCUCAGUCAGUAGAAAGUGAAGAACUCAGUCCCAGUUCAUUUAAUAGCAUUGCUGACAGCCGAGGUGAGGAAGAGGAAGAGGAGGAGGAGGAGGAUGAUAAACAGUUACACUUGAAUAAUAGUGGUGUCAUGUUAGUGGAAGAGGAGUUCUCAGAUGACUAUUCCAAUAUAAAUUUGAAUACUAUUAACAGUUCAGGUCUGUCAAUAGAAUUAGGUUCUGGUGGAGAAAGCAUAUCUACACACAAUGCCUGGGUACUUAAUGACAACAUUGUUGAAACGGAGCCACCUCAGACGAUCAAAGUCAUUCGCUUGCCAUCAGAAAAGACAGUUGAGUCUUACACAAUCAAACACAAUCAAGCACAGAAUACAGUUUCAAAUAAAAACAGCAGCAGCAACAAUGUAUCACUAGUUUUGACAGAAGAAGAGAAAACUUUACUAACCCGGGAGGGUUAUGUACUUCCUACCAACAUGCCCCUCACCAAGGAAGAAGAGAGAGCUCUAAAAUCAGUCCGAAGAAAAAUUAGAAAUAAGAUCUCGGCCAAGGAGAGUCGAAAACGAAGACAGGAAUAUGUGGAUGGGUUGGAGAAGAGAGUUAAAUUCUGCACUGUAGAAAAUCAACAAUUACAUAAAAAGAUCAUUUCUCUUGAGAAACAAAAUAUAUCUCUGGUGACCCAAAUGAAGAAACUACAGUCUUUUAUUUUGUCUUCAACAAAUAAACCUGUUCAGACCAGCACAUGUGUCAUGGUUUUGUUGCUGUCAUUUGCCUUAAUUAUAGUGCCAGCCUUUAAUCCAUUUAGAAAUAAAGCUAUCCCUGCUGGUCUGAGUUUGUCUAAAACUCCAAUGCCAGGCAAUUCUAGAAGUCUCUUACACAAAAUGGAUGAUUAUUGUUCCUCAAAUGAAGAUCAAGUGAGUACAAUAUUUCAGCGAAAUCCAUUCCUGAGCAUACCAAAGAGUUCAGUGCCACCAAUUUCGAUGACAAAUGAAAAUCCUAAUCAUGGUUCCAAUAAUCUCCCAGAGACAGAAAUGUACAAGAGCAAUCAGAAAUCUUAUAACAACAACAGUCCAGCAGCAAGUACGGAAACCAACAAAGUGGUUCUGAAACCCAAUGCCUCCAUACAUGUUGUGGCAUCUAUCCAAACAGGAAGGGGAUCUUUGUCUGGGGACAUUAAACAUUCAAUACACACAGCUGGGGCUGCAGAUUAG